CCCGCAGAGGUGAAGCUAACAAGUUCCGUCGUCGGCCGUUCUAUGAUUUCUUAUUCUUCGUAGCAAGUAGCAUCUAAACGAAUUCUAGGGUUCGCAGUCAUGGCUUCUCUUCUUCUUUCUAACCCGAUUGUCUCAUCUUCUUUCCUUGGCAAGAAUCUUUCAUUUAACGGGAAUAUAAGGAAGUCGACACUAUCCGCUUUGGUGUUUAGAAGCCCUAGAUGUGCUGCUGCUGAUGCAACAUAUGGAGGUAACACUCCAAAAUACCCUCGCAGUAAUGUUUGGGAUCCUUACAAGCGUCUUGGUAUAACUACUGAUGCUUCUGAAGAAGAAGUCUGGAGUUCUCGCAACUUUCUUUUAGAUCAGUAUGGCAGCCAUGAGAGAAGUGCAGAGUCAAUAGAAGCUGCUUUUGAGAAGAUACUUAUGACAAGCUUUCAGAACAGAAAGAAAACUAAAAUCAACUUAAAAACCAGGCUAAAGAAGAAAGUAGAGGAGUCUCCACCUUGGGUUCAGAACUUACUUGCUUUUGUGGAACUUCCUCCCACUAUCAUUAUUCUUAGAAGAUUGUUUCUAUUUUCGUUCAUGGCGUUUUGGAGUGUGAUGAAUUCUGCAGAGGGUGGACCCGCAUUCCAGGUGGCACUGUCUCUGUUUGCUUGCAUAUACUUCCUGAAUGACAAGUCAAAGAGCAUAGGAAGGGCAUGUCUUAUUGGGUUUGGGUCCCUUGUGGUUGGGUGGGUUUGUGGUUCUUGUGUGGUGCCUAUAAUUCCUGCAGCCAUUUUGCAACCAACAUGGACCCUUGAGCUUCUGACUUCACUGGUUGUAUACAUCUUUCUGUUUGUUGGGUGUACCUUUCUUAAGUGAAACACUUAAUUGUCCUAGAUUGCAUGUUUCUUUCCAAAAGAAGAUUAGUUGUGAUUUACUUAUGUUGAUCUUGU